AAGUUUAUGUUGCAUGACUGUUGUUAUGUUCUCGUAUCCACUCUUACUACUCUCCUCAAGGCCAUGGCAAUGGGAAUGAUGACAGAAUACUACCACUUCAUCUUCACCACCCUGGAUCUUUAUGCAUUAGACCUAGAACCAUACCGCUACUCUGGAGUGAACCUGACCGGCUUCCGGAUCCUCAACGUGGAGAACCCACACGUGUCCUCCAUCAUCGAGAAGUGGUCCAUGGAGCGGCUGCAGUCAGCGCCCAAGGCAGAGCUGGGACUGCUCGAUGGCGUGAUGAUGACAGACGCUGCCCUGUUGUACGACGCGGUGCAUGUGGUCUCCGUCUGCUACCAGCGCGCCCCUCAGAUGACCGUGAACUCCCUGCAGUGCCAUCGGCACAAAGCCUGGAGGUUCGGUGGCCGCUUCAUGAAUUUUAUAAAAGAGGCCCAAUGGGAAGGACUAACGGGACGAAUCGUCUUUAAUAAAACUAGUGGUUUACGGACAGAUUUUGAUUUGGAUAUCAUCAGCCUCAAAGAAGAUGGUCUCGAAAAGGUUGGAGCGUGGAGCCCUUCUGACGGUUUGAACAUCACAGAAAUUUCCAAAGGACGAGGGCCUAAUGUCACAGACUCACUGAGCAACAGAUCUCUAAUUGUCACCACUGUCCUGGAAGAGCCCUUUGUCAUGUUCCGUAAGUCUGACACAGCCCUGUUCGGGAAUGACCGCUUUGAGGGUUACUGCAUCGACCUCCUGAAGGAGCUGGCCAUCAUCCUGGGCUUCACCUACGAAAUCCGGCUGGUGGAGGACGGGAAAUACGGGGCACAGGAUGAGAAGGGGCAGUGGAACGGCAUGAUCAAGGAGCUCAUCGACCACAAAGCUGAUCUGGCUGUUGCUCCUCUCACCAUCACCCACGUCCGGGAGAAAGCGAUAGACUUCUCCAAGCCCUUCAUGACCCUGGGGGUCAGCAUCCUGUACCGGAAGCCCAACGGGACCAACCCCAGCGUGUUCUCCUUCCUCAACCCCCUGUCUCCUGACAUUUGGAUGUACAUCCUCCUCGCCUACCUGGGGGUCAGCUGCGUGCUGUUCGUCAUCGCCAGGUUCAGCCCAUACGAGUGGUACGAUGCUCAUCCCUGCAACCCAGGAUCAGACAUCGUGGAGAAUAACUUCACCCUAUUGAACAGCUUCUGGUUUGGGAUGGGAGCACUGAUGCAGCAAGGUUCUGAGCUGAUGCCCAAAGCACUGUCUACACGGAUCAUUGGUGGCAUAUGGUGGUUCUUCACCCUAAUUAUCAUCUCGUCCUACACGGCCAACCUUGCCGCCUUCCUGACCGUAGAGAGGAUGGAAUCCCCCAUCGACUCGGCAGAUGACUUGGCAAAGCAGACAAAAAUAGAGUACGGGGCAGUGAAGGAUGGAGCUACUAUGACCUUCUUCAAGAAAUCCAAAAUUUCCACGUUUGAAAAAAUGUGGGCUUUCAUGAGCAGCAAACCCACAGCACUUGUUAAAAACAACGAGGAAGGAAUCCAGCGAACCCUCACAGCCGAUUACGCCCUGCUGAUGGAGUCUACCACCAUCGAAUACAUCACCCAGAGGAACUGCAACCUGACUCAAAUUGGGGGGCUCAUCGAUUCCAAAGGCUACGGGAUUGGGACUCCCAUGGGAUCACCGUACAGGGACAAGAUCACCAUUGCCAUCCUCCAGCUCCAGGAGGAGGACAAGCUCCACGUAAUGAAGGAGAAGUGGUGGCGGGGCAAUGGCUGCCCUGAGGAUGAGAACAAGGAGGCCAGCGCUCUGGGCAUCCAAAACAUCGGUGGGAUUUUCAUCGUUUUGGCAGCAGGCUUGGUGCUGUCCGUCUUCGUGGCCAUGGUGGAGUUCAUCUACAAGCUGCGCAAAACGGCGGAGCGUGAGCAGCGCUCCUUCUGCAGCGCCAUGGCCGAUGAGAUCCGGCUGUCCCUCACCUGCCAGCGACGGGUCAAACACAAGCCCCAGCCACCCGUCAUGGUGAAGACGGACGCCGUGAUCAACAUGCACACAUUCAACGACCGACGGCUGCCAGGGAAGGACAACAUGACCUGCAACACUGGAUUGACACCUGUGUUUCCCUAGGGAAUGCAAACGGGGGGCGGGAGGGAAGGAAUUGCAGCAGACAAGGCUGGAUGCACUCUUAACUAGGGAAGAAAGGAUUAAAAAACAGGAAAAAAAAAACAGGAAAAAAAAAGC